AACCCAGUCGCAGUAGCAGCGCGCACUCGCCCGUCUCUCCUUGCAUUCUUCCCUUCCACCUCUUCGCCUUGCCAGCGCUGUAAUGCCUCUCCCGACCUCCGUCUCCACCCCGCCGCCCUCGCCCCUCCGCUCGCGCUUCGCGUCCCGCUCGCCCUCGCCCUCGCUCAGCUUCGCCAUCAUGCCCCUCAAGUCCAUGGCCGACACCGCGAGCCUCAUCGUCCGCCUCCGCCGCUUCCGCAAGCGCGCCGCCCAGAACCACAUCCACAGCGACUCGGGCGACGAGCCCUGGAGGGACGAGCGGUUCUGGGGCGAGGGGGCGCUGUCCGUGAAGCGGGUGCCUCUCGAGCGCGAGGACACGUUUGAGUGUAGGGACGGCGUCGACGCUGCGAAGCUCGUCCGCCUCGCGCGGGCGUCGCUGCUCGAGGAGGCCCAAUCGAUCGGCGCGAACGUCCUGGUGGACGAGCAGUGGUCAUGUCAUGUAUGCGGCCCGCGGCAUGACGGCAGGACGUUCAAAGUCCAUGUCCACUACUCUGCCUUGGCAGCACGCUCGGACCGCUCAGACCCGCAACGUCCCCCCGCUGUCGAGCGCGCACGCGGCGUCCCCGGCUUAAUGACCAUCGUCGACCGUCAGGACUAAACCACACACGGAGUCGACGGCAUCGGCCCUGCUUCGAUGCUUACGGAGACGCGGUUCGCGCCCUCUAUGCAUUUUCUACGAAAAUCUGUUCACGGU